UAAUUACUUUUAAAGAAAUACUUUCUUAAAAAUUUCUGUAAAGCCAGUUCUUUUCUAUUUUUUUUAAUAUUUGAAUUCUAUUUCUUAACUUUAUUUGAAAAGAUUAUUUUUAUUUUUUUUUCAAACUGUAAUUAACUGAUGUGCCUAUUAUUUAUUUAUUAUUUAAUAUUCUUUAUUAUAUCAAAUUAGUAAUGUCCCUUCGGCAAUUUUAUAGAACUUACGUCUUAAACUUGCUUUUGCUGAGAGUGACGAAAUCACAAGAUGAAACUAUUUAUUUAAUAAAAAUUGUUCUAACUCCUGACGUCUUGGUUGUGUACCACCUGUGAAUUUUUCAUCGUUAGAAUUUCAGAACAAAAUAGUUUUAUAAAAACUUUAAUAACCAAAAUGAAAUAGUAAAGUUAUGGAUUUAAAUGUACUUUUUUUCAAGAAAUAAUUUUACGUCAUUAAAAGAGUUAUGAAGCAGAUUUGUUUUUAUUAUUGUUCAUACUUGAAUGAAUAUAAAUUAGAAGGCAAUCUUGAUAUGGCAUUAGUUUCUGUUGAGAUCUAAGACGAUCAUAUUCAGAUUGAAAAAUAUUUCUUCAAAGUGAAAUUAACGAGAAUGGUUUUCCAUAAAGUUUUAAAAGUGGUUCAGGGGCCCUAUACGAGAAAUAUUUUCAAAUAUGCCUUAAGUGGUAAUAAAUUCGUUAUUUCAAGGGCUAUUUCCACAACAACAACGGUCAAUAGCUUGGGAUAUCUGGAAACCAAAAAUACUUACACUAUGAUGCCAAAUAAGCAAGAUAUUCCCAUUAUUGAUACUAAACUACCCCAUCACAAAGGUGUUGAAAUUUCGGAUGAUAUGUGGCUGUCGCAAGCUAAAAGAAAUCAGUUUAUGGAGUAUUUUCCUGGCAUAGUAAAGGAGCUGCAAGAAAAAGCAGCUACGAUAGACAGCUUGGAUAAUGGGAAACAUAUGGCAAAGGUUUUGGAAUAUGUAGUACCAGAUGGUAAGAAAUACGGUGGUGUAGUUACUGCUGAGACAUACAAGAUGCUUACACCAAAAUCGCAACAAACUCCGGAGAAUCUUAAGCUGGGUUAUUACCUAGGCUGGUGCUUGGAACUGUUUGUCGAUAGCAUCAACAUGGUUGAUGACAUUAUGGACGGUGGGAAGACCAGACGGAAUAAAACUUGCUGGUACCGCUUGGAAGACGUUCAAAUGACGGCCAUCAAUGAUUCAUUUCUUAUUGAAACUGGUGUCUACUACUUGCUGAGGAAAAACUUUGGUCACCUUGAUUGCUUCAUGCGUCUCCUUGAACUAUUUAAUGAAACAGCUUUUAUAACCUACAUGGGUCAGACUGUAGACCUGAAAUCAUCCCAGAACUUCCUUAGCAUUACAAUGAAGAACUACGAAGCCAUAGUUAUGAAUAUCAGCUCAUACAUCAUUAGCUAUUUCCCAGUCGUCUUGGGGAUGACCUUAGCAGGAUACACUGAUCUUGAAAUUGUCAAGCAAGCCCGACCAAUCCUUACGGAGUUGGGAUACUUCUACAUCAUAGAGAACGACUACAUGGACUGUUUCGGGGAUCCUAAGAUAACGGGCAAAAUCGGUCGAGAUAUUCAAGAGGGGAAAUGUCGUUGGAUGGCAGUAGCUUGCCUGGAGAAAGCAUCUCCUGCCCAGAGAGAGAUAAUGAAGACUCACUACGGGCGUGAUAACCCUGAGAGUGAGGCAAUUAUUAAGCAACUGUACUUGGACCUCAAUCUACCGCAAGUAUACGCUGAUUACGCUGCAGAAGUCUACAAUCGUUUGGUGACAAAUGUGGAGAAGAACUCAUAUGGGGAUCUCAAGAAGGUGUACCUUAAGUUAAUCGAAACACUGACUUGUUCUACGGCAUCAGGAGGCUUAUAUCCUUAAGAUCUUAAGGAAGCAAAGCACAACAAACAAGAUAUACCACUUUAUACUGAUAUUUUAUUUAAAUAAAGGAAAUUAAUGUUU